AUGGACAAUCCGUUAAAAGUGACAAAAGACAGACUGACAAAUUUGAACGAGGCAUUCAUAUCUACGAUUGAAUGUGGGGAGACCAGUCAUAAUAGUGAUGAAGAAUUCUUUUCAAACCAGGAUGGGAACACCAAAUUUGAUGAGAACUCAAAGAAGUAUUGUAAAAUUGGAAGUGAAUAUAUGCACAAAUUUGAGAAUCUGGAAAAGAAGGAACACGAGAAUAUUGAUUUAAAAUUUGUAGCACCCAGAUACGAUAACAUGACUCUAGUUGACCCGUCCUACAUAAGGGAAAGAGAUUUCGGCGGGGACAAGGACUACAUAAACGUUAGCUUCGUUAACGAUUUUAUAAAAGUGUCUAAGGAUGAAAUACGCGGAGGACAGAAGGAUUUCCACGGAGGGAGUUACAACUUCACGUAUAAAGACGGGGAUAAGAAAAAGAAUUACGAGUACAUAAAUGCAACGAACGAAUACUACAUAACCAAAAACGUGGAGGAAAAAAUGAAAAACACGGGGAUGACCGCUGAAAAUUUUUUCGCGGAUAGUAAGAUGUUGCUGUACGAAGACGGGAUGAACAAGUGGUCCGACAAGAGCAAAUACCUCUACUUUGUUGAUAAGGAGGAGCAAAAUAAUGGGUACAAAAAAAAAAAAAAAUUCAAAGAUAUACGUCUGAACGAUUCCCUUAUAGUGGAUAAUUACGAGAAGGUGGUUUACAAGCAGGACCCUAGUAGUGACAAGGUCAAAAUAGAAAACUUGAUAUUGGAUGUCCUCAACAAUGACUUUGACUACGACUAUGAUUGCGACUUAGAAUCUGAUGGAAAUUCCACGCCUAAGGAGGAAAUCGAGGGGGAGGAAAAAGGCACGACACAAGAUGGGAAGGAAAACAUCAGGAAGAAGAAAAAGCCCUUGAAUAUAGCCCCGAAGAUAAAAAGCAAAUACAGCCGAUCUUACAUCUUGGAUUAUCUACAUUAUGAUAACUUCUUCCAUGACGAGGAGAUCAACGUUUCUGAAAAAUCUACCUCUGAUAGUUCGGAUCGUGGAGUCAAUGAGAAGGGAAAAUAUAGCUCUGAAACUUACACCAUAGGAAAUAAAAAAGAGUUCGACAUAAAAAGCAACAUCCAUAAUUUGUUAACCAAAGUUAAGACAGAACUAAAUGUCAGAGAUUUUUCGAAAUUCAUACCGGAGCAGUUUGACAUGGAUGUAUUUCUAUCAAACGAAUCAGAGAGCGAAGAAUACGAGUCUGACUCUGAUGAAAGUAUGGACUGCGUCCUGAAGAAGAGGAAAAUCCAGUGGAAUGACAAAAAGAUGAAGGAAGAAAUGGAGCUCCUGCGAAAAUACGACUACGUUGAAUCGCUAUACUCGCCUGGCUAUUGUUCCAGAAUUAUGCAAAAUUUGAGGGACAGAUAUAACAAAAAGAGAAUCAACAUUUACGACUUGAAGAAGAACCAACUGCAAGAGAAAAUAAAAAAGGAUUUCAUGGACAAAGAGCAAACGAAGAAGGCCCAAGAAAAUCUGCAAAAAUUCAGACUCGAGAAUUUACAUGCCCCUGAGGAAAACCCAAGUGCAGAUGAAGAGGCAGAUUUGGAAAGUGUCCACGGUAUUUCGGAAAAAGACAAACCGACGGAUCAAGGUGUACCAGAAGUGGAGCACAAGUCGAACGAUGUAGAUGAAGAAGAAACCGAUAGUUCCGUAACAUUCGAACAUAUAGACACUAGAAGCAUAAAUAACUUGAAGAGGAAAUACAAAGCGAUGAAAAAAAGCGAGCGUUCUAGUAGGCAACAGUUAAGGAGGCUAAAAUUUUACAUAUGCCGAAGGGUUAAUAAAAAGAAAUAUCUGCUUAAGAACAUGAAGUUGGAUAAGGAGAGCAAGAAGAAGGAGAAAGUGCGUAAGGCCAUGAAAUUUUCCACUCAGGGAGGGUACAACCUGUUGGCCAAGAUUCAGGAAGACGCAAACAGGGAAGAUGUAGAGGAGGAAGAAGAGGACAAGGACUUUGAGGAAGAUGACAUAUUUGACGUAAAUGAAAUAAACACAUCAGAAAUGAACAGCUCUGAAUACACCUACUCAUCACUAACCAUUUCAUCGUAUGAAUAUUUAAAUGUACGCGGGGUGCACUAUAAUGAUGAUUCAUACGAAAAUAUAUUUUACCACAACGACCCCAGAGUGAACGUUACUUACCUAUACGACAAUGUCCAAUUUUUUCUUAUUCACGAGGACACGGAUGAACAGGAGAAGAGAACGAGCAAGGGAAUCCUGUUCAUGGAAAUCCUCGUGUACGACCUCAAGUUCUACCAACAGGGCACGCACAUCGAAGAAGAAGCAUUACUGUACACCCUCGAAAUAAACGAAAAUACAACGGCAAAAUUGGAGAAAAAAGAAAAUGACACCUCGGAAAUAUUGCUAAAAACGAUGAACAAAGAAAGUGGCACAAUUCGUUGUUCUUUGGCAGGGAGUAAUCAACAAAUGAACACAAUCUUUAACAAAAUAUACAAAAGAAUUUUACUUGUCCAGUAUGUAAAAUAUUUGAAUUCAAUUUCAAGUGGGCUGAUUGAAAAUUCUGUCAAUUAUUUCCUCUUAGAAUGUAAAACAUUGAAUUUAAAAAAUGUCCCAUAUAACAAAAGUGCAGAUCAAAUUAUCCUUUCAUCGUCCAAAAAUAUAACCGACAUUUGCACUAUCAAUUUAAGCAACAGAACAAUGACCAUUGAAGACUUGUCUGAAUUUCUAUCCAUUUCAAAAUUCAAAAAAUGCACUUCCUUCAACUUGACAAAAAACCCACUGUUCAAAGAUUUAGCAUUUGAACGAAUAAAAAAUGACAUGGAUUAUGUUAUCAAAUGUUUUAAAUCUUUACAAGUGAAGGAACUUAUUUUAGACUUCACGGAUCUUUCAUACCAAUCGGCUGAAUAUUUUAUUGGUAAUAUUUUAUUAAGUACCAAUAUUUCCUUUCUUAGUCUUGUCAGCUGUGAAUUAAAAAGUAACAACAUAAACAAUAUAGUAAAUAUAGCUAAACUUUCUAUAAAUGGAGGAAGAAAAUUUACAAGUGCUAUCAAUUCUGUCAAUGUAGAAUUCAACAAAUUAACUUAUUACGAUGUGGUGUCUCUCCUUAAUAUUCUUUUUGAGCUAAAUAAAGAUUUUAAAAUUUUAUACAUUUGUGGGAAUUUCAUACAGAGUGAUAUAUUCGACAUAUCCUUUGAGUUUAAGAGGAGGAAACCUUUCAUCGAAAUGAAUAAAUUUGUCAAGCCCAUGCCUGACAUAUUCCAUGCUGACACCAUCGACCAAGUUAAGGAUUUCUGCCCGUGCAACUUGCAGGGGAUCGCCGAAUUGAUCGAAGAGGGAGAAGUCACCCAAAUCUCCUUCGAGCUGUAUUUUUCCUAUCUGCUCAUCGUCAAGCCAAAGGAAAGACUCUACUCCAUUACAAAUAUCUCAAUAGUCAGGAGGGGUACCAUAAUCACAAUGGUGAUUGAGGCACUAUUUAACAAUAGAGAUGUAGAAAUUAAGCUGAAUUUAUUCAAGGAAAAUAUAAUACUUCUCUUUCGUAAUAUAGUGCGCAGAAGCUUCAUCGGCAAGGAGUACUACCAAGAGCAGAUCAACAACCACAGAGAAGUGAACGAGAACGUUUUGAAAUACUUUAUUUUGCGAAGUGAAAAUGAGAUUAACUUUUACCAUUAUAACGUCACGCGAGAAGAAAUUCAUUUUGUCCUGGAUCUGUGCAAGAAGGGCGUCGUGAAAAACAUGAACCUCGGUCACUGUUACCUCCGCAACGAAGACAUUCUCUACUUCAAUACAGUGAAGAAGGAUCCUUACGAUAUUAAGAUUUACAAACUUUCUCUGAGCAAUAACCUAAUCGACUCUGAUGUGGACAUGGAAGAGCUGAUUACUUUUCUCUCCAACUUCACCAUUUUUUUCAAAAUAAACCUAAGUGGUCUGAAAAUCGGGACUCACCUCUCCAUGUAUGAAUUUUUUUUUCACCUCUUGAACAAUACCAAGUGCAAGAUUAUAAAUCUGGACAACUGCGAUCUGGGAAACGCGUUCCUGCUGAAUGUCAACCGAAAUAUUACAAAACUGAACAAAAAUAGCUACCUGACCAUCCUAUCUAUGCAACACAACUCCUUCAGUGACAAAAAAGGAAUUAUCGGUUUUUUGAAUAACAUCAUUUCUACAUGCAAAUCAAUAGAAAAGAUCAAAGUUUACUCUAACUACAUAAGUGAUGAAGACGUCAAGCUCAUAAUGAAGAACAUGAUUAAAAGGGAUGUGGUAUCUUUUCAGUACACUUAUGACACAUCUACUUCCCCCCAGAAUGAGAUAAUAAAGGUGGCCAAAAUAGCGAAGAGUAAAAUUAAUAAUGAUGUGGAGUACAGUGCAAAUAUGACAGAACAUGAGUGGAAAAUAAUUGAGGAGUUUUUCGAGAAAAAACAAAACGAGCGAGGAGCGAACGGACGAGGAGGAGAUGAGAAAACAGACUACCAACAGUUCGCAAACCGCUACAAUUUGGACGACUUAAAAUCGCGAAGGAUUAAAUAUUCCGCGAUGAAGUGA